AUGGGAGUGAAUGAAUUUGACCCAGAUGAUUUCUUUGGUGAACUUAACCGAAAGUUCGCAAAUGUCUCUCUUGAACAAGACACCUCUGAAGAUAUCUACAGGGAAAUAGUACUAAGCGAUGUAAAUACGCUGGAGAAUUCAUCGGACUAUCAUGCUUGUCACACUGCCAUGAAAAAUAUCAGAAGAUACCUCACUCAGGAUAUUUCAUUAGAGCGUAUUCAAAAUGUACUUGAUCUGGAUAUCCAUGAAAGAAUCAGAACCAUCUUGUUAGAACCUGGAUAUGAUGAAUUAAAGUAUGAAACCGCUUGGACAAUUACCAAUUUAGCCUUUGGUACAUCAAGGCAAACCCAUUACUUAAUUGAAAGUGGUAUAAUUGAUUCAAUGGUUCGCUGCUUCAGAACUUCAGACAAUUAUAGAACGGCUUGGGCUUUAGCUAAUGUAUCUAUCGAAUCACCAGAUUACAGAUCGUCCAUGGCCCAGGAAAAUUUAAUUGGAGAUGUAGCAGAAGCAUUAACCGAAAAAUGUGAAUCCAUUGCUUACAAGUUAGCUAAUGGUAUCAAUGCAGAGCAAUACAGGACCACAUUGGACGGUUACAUUAUUGUAGAGGAUAAAGUGGAUCGGGAUGAUGUCAAGGACUUGACCUGGUCUUUGGCCAAUAUCUGUCGUGGUGGGUUUAAGACUGUUGAACAUUGGGAACAGUAUCUUCAUGCUUUUGAUGCCUUUUCCGUGGCGAUAAAUUAUGUUCAUAAAGACAUUUGGCGAGAAGCAUGUUGGGGUUUAUCUAGAAUCCUUAGCAAUAUGUACAACUUUGAUCAGUUCUUUAGAUCUUUACAUUUAAGUACUCGUCUCUGCCCCCGACUCGUGAACCUUUUAAAGCACCAAGAGAUGUCUACUGUAUUACCCGCCCUUCAAACCGUUAGUAAUUUCUCAUCCGGACCUAAUGAUUAUAUCGAAAUUUUGCUAGACGCCGAUCUUUUAAAUAGCGUUUGGUGGUACAUGACGCCAGAUACACCCCAGCAAUUACGCAGAAAUGCCAUUUUGACCGUGUCCAAUUUAGCAGCUGGAGAUAAUCAAAUUGUACGCAAAGUGGUUUAUAAUGAGAAUAUUAUGAAGAGUGUGAUAGCUCAUAUUGUUAUACCUGGUCAUGUGUACCUCCCUGAGGACUGCAAAUGGAUUGAAUCCAAUCGAUCUACUAUUCCCGAGACCAAGGAAGAAUGGAAGAUUAUCAAAGAAGCACUCUACGUACUAUCCAACAUUACCACACUGGCAGAUGAUGAUAGUAUCUGUGCUUUGCUGAGAAAUUAUCCUUCCAUUAUCAAGUUAUUGGCUUAUUUGCUUUAUUUCCAUCGUAUGAAUGCAUCUGUCUGUUUAAAAGUUGUGGAUGUAUUAAUCCGUAUUGUGGAACGUACUAACCAAAUUUCGGAACUGACACCACCUGUGCAACCCAAUCCCCGAAACCCUUAUGCGGAAGAGAUGAUGAGAGAAGGAGUUAUACCAGCCUUGACUUAUUUGUGUCGAGAAAUCAAAUCUAUAGAACUGACAGAACAGACCGAGAUACUUCAUGUCGCCAUCAUGAGUUCCUCGCCUCACCCUCAACAACAGCCUGCUUCUUCUGCAAGCGCUUUUGGCCUAUCCCGUUUAGGCAUACAAUUACCUACCCCCAAUGUUAGACGAAUUGUACAUGGUUAUGAAGACGGGGAUGUACGCCUCAUUGAGGAAGCAAUUGGCGCUUUUUCUCUUUAA